CCUAGCGGAUACACUUGCAUCAAUGAGCACCAACAGCAACACCCGACUUUGGAAACACUGCCUCGUGUCUACCCCAACAACUUCCUGAUGUAGUAUGUUCGCAAGCCAAUUAUGAAAGAAACCAGCACGGAACCAAUCUUCGGACUCCGGGUCAUAGCAGGUGCAAAAGCAAUCAUGAAGAUAGCCAUGUAUGGCACGCCCACAGCAAGGGGUCAGGCCACUAUAAAUUCAGCAUGGAUGGGCACAGUAUCACCCCCAUCAGUGGACCCCACAUUACGGUUCCCGUACCCAGCUUCUCCCACCUAUCACUAUAGUUCUUUCCUUUUCGAAGGGACAUCAUGCCUACAAAUAGAAUGUAUGCCACAUAUCCUGAGCAUUCCUACAUCGAUUCUGGACUCGUUUAUGUCUCUGGUGCGGACUCUAACACAGAUGUUCCCGCUCCUUGCUUCUUUCAACUUCCCGGAGACGACUUAGAUCCCCCAUAUGUUCCCAAGGACGGAAGUGGUAGUCAGUGCAUUCUAGGUGACCAUGACAUCUUGCAUGCGCUGAAGCCCAGUUCACUCGGAUGGUCGUCCCAGUUCUAUCCAGUUCCCGACCGUGCUCCUCUCACUGGUUAUCAGGCGCAAGCACACGAUUAUCCACCUCGGUCGCAUUCCCCUAUCCGUCUUGUAUCACCAGUCAUGGAGCAUUCAGCGUAUAGACGCAAGAACGAUAGUCACCGCUGGGCCGACCACAGGGCGCGUGCUGGGUCUCUGUAUCCCUCCUCCAUUGGUUCACACCUCGGCAAUGUCGAUAACGUGCCACAUACACAUUCGCCAUUCUCCUCUACCACAUCCUUUCAAGACCAGGACAGACCUUUUCGUGAUCAUACUGCCACCAUUCAAGCCCGAUCAUCGGGAUUCCAUCUUACGGAGUAUUCUGACUCCUCAGGAAUACCUGAUGCGGGUUCAUUUCUGCGAAAGGUUUUGAAUAUUCCUGCUCAUAUCCCAAUCCACCUAAGCUCCCUCAGAGAUCCGCGAGACAGGGCUGGAAGGCCUCCCUAUUCCAUCCCCCAACUGGCCGCCGUCGCGAUUUACAGCAAUCCGCGUAAUAAAGCGUCGGCGGCUGAAAUUAGACAGGCCCUUAUGAGCCGUUUCGAAUAUUUCCGACAUAAUGAAAGUCCGCUGAAAGAAACCCUCAAGCACGCCUUGUCUCAUCACUCGCUUUUCCAGCGAGCUCCACGUGCACGUACGGAGCCUGGCAAGGGUGGUUUCUGGUAUCUCGACGUUAGCAAUCCAUACGGUUCACGUCCACGUCAGCGUACUGCCAGGCAUCAUAGCUCCCUGACCAAGCAUACCGAAACUAUGCUGGACACUAGAGCUUCUGAGCGACAGAGGUCUCUUCCGGCCCAGGUUGAUAGAGAGACGUCCUUCAGCACACCUUCGCCCUCAUAUAUCCACGAUCUUGACAUCGCUUCGGCAUACGCAGCUGACUCUUCUCCCUUCCCCGGCUCUUUCGGAGGGGACUCCUACUUAUCUCUGGAUAAAAUUCACCCCAUUUGAAAACCUCGUCGUGACUCGUAAUCUUCCCGCUGCAACUUUCAUAGGCAACUCAUCCCGAAUACAGAAGCAGAAGAUCCUCGGAGCAGAUUUUCCCACUAAUUCAUUACUAUAAAUGAUCAUUGUCAUCUCACAUUCAUAUUCAUCUCCCUUGUUUCUGCUUUCGUCGCUUUCAUCUGACUUUCUUACACCCUUGUAGCAUGCCUUUACAUAAAAUGUCUUACGCGUAUAUCCAGAUUUCUUACAUGUAAGACCUCAAUUCAUUCCUCG